AUGUCUCUAUCUUUCUACAUCAUUCAUCUUCUCAUCCUGUCCUCGGUUUCCACUUAUGUUAUCUGCAACCAGGAGGAGGAUAAUCUUCUUCAAGGCCUAAACAGCUACCGAACUGCUCAAAGGGUUCCACCUUUUGCGAAGAACGACAAGGCUGAUUGUGUGGCCGAUGAGAUCGCCGACAAGCUCGAAGGUGAGCCAUGCACAAACCACACCACAGGAACCACGGUUACUCCUGGGUCAGUCCCUCCACGGUUAUCAAACUACCAAGAUAUUCUCUCGGAGUGCAAGGUUGACCCAAACAAUACCCGUGACGGAUUGAUCUUACCCGUUUGUAUCCCUAACAGGGUCCCUACGCUAGCUCUAACUAAUUACACCCAAACAGGGUAUGCACGGUAUUUGAAUGAUUCGAGGUAUGUCGGGGCUGGUGUUGGGUCAGAGAAAGAGUGGAUGGUAGUUGUGCUGACAACGAGCACUCCAGGUGGAAGCUUUGCCAGUGGUGAGGCCACGUCGGUGAGAGAGAUAGCUGGGUUUGGUCUCAUGGGGUUGUUGUUUAGUUGCCUUAUGCUCUUGUGA